UCUCAUGAUAGACGGAGAUGGCACAGGUGAUGUUCGCCAGCUUAUGAUGUUCAUGAAGGCAUUUAUUAAGUGGUGUGGAAGUGAUGAUACAUCUCAAGAAAGUCAAAACCAGUAUGAUCGACUUUUAACACAGUUGGCUGGCAUUGAGCACUCAUCCCUCAAGUGGAAGGGGAUCAUUGAUAUGAAUGAGCUAGAAAUUAAGCAUUAUGAUGGCCUCAGAGAAGAAACUAGCAAGAAUGUGAAGAAAGCUUGCGUAGCAAUAGAAGAUGCAAAGCAAGAGUUAGAAGAAGCUAGACAAGUCCGUAGAAACCGCCUGGAGUAUGAUGCUCUUGCAAAAUUGAUCAAAGAGCAUCCACCACGUUCAGAUACAGCAGAUAAACUCACCCUCUUGAAUCAACAGCUGCAGUCAUUAAAGGCCAAGAGGGACUCUUUGGAGGAGAAACUUAGUCUUCGUCGUAAACAGCUUCAUGUUUUGGUUACCAGCUUGUACCAGCUCAAGCAAACACUUCAUGAUGAUUCCACUCCAGUGCAUGAUGCAGAUGCAGGAAAGCGCCCUCUGGUAGACUUAGCAGAUAGCCCAGUUGUGGUUGAUCUUACUAGCACUCAGGAAAUGGAUACUACAUAAUGGUUUUCAUAGUUUUCAGUUCUGGCAUUUGUAAAACUUGCAUUGUAUGUUUAUGUACUAAGUUUAGAGAUUUCAGGAAAUAAUUUUUUUUUUUAUUCCUUUGCUACUUUUACUUUUAAUCCUGAGCUGUUAUAAUACGUACUGCUAACUUGAUAUGUACAAGUUCCUUUGGUUCAUUGUCAAAUUUUCCAUACCCAAGAUGAUAUUACAGAAUAUGCACUAUUUAGGAAAAUUAUAUUACUGAACCUAAUUAUAUCUGAGCUCUGGUUGGACUUCAUCAUAUUUUGGUACUUAAUGAAACUGGAAAUAAUAUCAUUAGAUCUAUUCAGAGUGCUACCAGCAUGAGAAUUAAGAAAUAGUAAAGGGUUACAAGAGGCAGAGACAAUAAGAAAAUUCAGUAACAAUUCGUUCUGUAUUGCUUAAAUUUGGUCAAAAAUCAAGGAUUAAAGUAAGCAAUAUUACUGUAUUACAGGUAUUGUGCUUAUCAAUUAAUAUUACACAGUACAUGAGCUUGUUUAGCCUAGCAAGAAAAACCAGAGCUUUUGAUGCUAUAUUUUAUAAUUUGACAAACAAAUUGAACUUUCUGAUCUUUUGUGUCUCCAGAUUAACAAAGUACCAUGUUUCUUUUUCUUGUUCCUUGUAAAUGCUAUCAUAAUGUUAUAAUUUGUGAAUUAUUUUAUUCUACGUAUUCCAAACACUGAUUUAUUUUGGUAAGGAUAGAAAUAAAAGCUUUGUAUAGA